AUGAAGCGCGGGCGGUCGGCCACCUCGAGGUCCCUGAGGCACAACGAGGAUAAGAAGGAUUUUAAGUUAGAAGAUGACUCCGAACGCAAAGACACUGAGGAAUCUUUCGUGGAGGAGAUUCUAACAGUGGAGGAAAAACGAACAAUUCUCCUCCGUUUUCCCUGCCUCGAUUUCUUCCGCAAUGCGCAUAUAUGUGAAACAUUAUGUAACUCAGCUCAAGACGCAUCUAAGGGUGGGACCUCGGGGAUGGAAACCAAAUUUGCCCCUGAGGCGCUUAGGUUUGAUGCAGACACGCUGGAGACUCCGCAUCCAAUAGUGCGGUUGCGGACUCGUGAAUUUGGCGAGUUGGUGUUUGAAGGCACGUGGUGUCAAGUAUCCGAAAUAAAUGGCGGCAGGGAGUCGAUGAGUAACCGCGUUGUGGUACAUCUCUGCGAGAGGAGUGACGAACAGUCAUCCGGUGAGGUUGACAAAGCGGUUAGUGGUGACAAUGUUGGUAUCAAUCGUUCUAACAAGUCGCCUUUACUUAGCGGGAGUGGUUCAAAUUCAUUGAGUGGUAGCGGGGUGGCGAGUUUGCUGAAGCACUCAUCCGUGGGAGUCACGGCAGAUGAUGCACGCGGCCAACGGAGGGCACAGAAUGCGCUGUGGUUUUACAACAGAAUAGACGUGCCCUGCGGGACGCUGGUGUUGGCGCGAGUAAAGUAG